AUGAGUUCUGGUCACUUGACUACAUACCAACCUUCCACAUACGAUCCCACACCGCCCCGACAAUUUAAUUACGAAGUGCUGCACUUCCAAAAUCGCGGCCAGAACCAGAUCGCCAGCACAAAGAUCGGUACCUUUGCAAGCCUGCAAGAUGCUCAACACGCUGCUCAAGAUACCCUCAGGUCAGCGCUGGAGGGCUGCCUCGCAAAGGGAUGGAUCGGAUACUACUGCAACGACAUCGAUCUCGAGUUCAGAGGGCUGAUCACCGGGCUAGUCGGCGAGAUCGACUACGCGUGCCUGAGCGAAGUCCACAUCUACGCCAAAGCGAGGCCCUACGAACCGUUCCAAGGCCAACCCGCUUCAGCUGAUGAGCAGUGGAGAGCAUUGCCCAGCAGGCAGCACUCUCACACCUACGCAGAAUAUGAAGAAAUUUAG